GAGGUCAGUGGUGAAUUAUUCAUUGAGCUCUGGUCAUCUGAGACUUCGGCUCCAUGAUGCUGCUGAAGGCUUCGGUUUCCUCAGAAAGGUUAACAGGAGGGAGAGCGCUGAUGAUUUCAGAUCAUCACACCCAGUAAAACGCUGUAGUUUCCCGUUUCUGACCAGGUUCUGCUCAUUCAGAGGUCAGAUUAGAGUUCGUGGUUGAACAGAUUCCUCUCAGAAAUGGAGGCGAAGCAGCUGAAAAGAGAUGUUGAGACUCUGAUUGAUUACAUUGGACAGAAGCUCAGAGAAAUCUCCUUCGAUCCAAAGGGGAAGGGAACGUCUACGAUGCUGGACGACCUGGCUCACUAUGAUCUGGCCAUCAGCGUCGCUCUUUGGUGGUUGGACAAAGAAGAAGGACGCGAUGUGCUAGACAGAGACGUCAUCGGAGCAACAUGCAGCUCAGGAAGUAGCCAGUACCCGAAUCGUUCAGAGCGAGAGGCCAUGAUCCUGUCAUCAUUUGCUGGGAUGAUCAUGAACAGCCUCCCAGUGGAGGAGAUCUUGGCUCUGUACAGAUGUAAACCAGCUGCUUCGUAUCCAAGCCAGCAGUCCAAGGGCUCCAUUGUGGUUCCCUUCACGCUGUCCUACCAUCCCUUCGCCAUGCUGGGGUCGUACCGAGCCGUCCAUCACUGCAGGAAGCACAAUCAGAAGUUGAAGCGAUGGUUGUCUGAGAGAUCCAAGGAGAACCAACCUGCUGGACGAUCUUCAUCAUCGUCAUCAUCAUCAUCAUCAUCAUCAUCAUCAUCUCAGUCCUUCCUCAGCGUCAGCAGUGAAGGUCACAGAGCUGAACACUAUGAAGGAUCCCAGGAGUCUCUGCAGGACUGAAGACUACAACUACACAACUACACAAUACAACUAUACAGCAACACAACUACACAACAGCACAACUACACAACACAACUAUACAGCAACACAACUACACAACUACACAACACAACUAUACAGCAACACAACUACACAACAGCACAACUACACAACACAACUAUACAGCAACACAACUACACAACUACACAACUAUAGAACUACACAACACAACUAUACAACAACACAACUAUACAAAAACAAAACUACACAACUAUACAACAACACAACUACACAACAACACAACUAUACAACUACAUAACUAUACAACUACACAACUAUACAACAACACAACUACAAAAACACAUACCAGUGCAACUACACAACAACAAAACUACACAACUAUACAACUACAUAAC